AUGGAAGGAGGCAACAGUCUAAAUCUGCAACUUCAGCAACUCCCAUUGGCCACAGCAGCUGUUUCUGUGCAGUCACAUGCUGACUCCUUUUCUUACAAGGAAAACUUGAUUGGUGCAUUACUAGCUAUUUUUGGACAUCUUGUUAUCAGUAUUGCACUCAACCUCCAGAAAUACAGCCACAUCCGGCUGGCAGGUUCCAAAGACCCCCGAGCCUACUUCAAAACCAAGACGUGGUGGUGUGGACUGUUUCUGCUGGUGCUGGGAGAACUGGGAGUGUUUUCCUCUUACGCCUUUGCUCCUCUUUCACUGAUUGUGCCACUCAGUGCAGUGUCUGUUAUAGCUAGUGCAAUCAUAGGAAUUAUAUUUAUUAAAGAAAAAUGGAAGCCCAAGGAUUUUUUGAGGCGCUAUGUUUUGUCCUUUGUAGGCUGUGGUUUGGCAAUUGUUGGAACUUACCUGCUGAUAACUUUUGGACCUAAUAGUCAUGAGAAGAUGACAGGAGAAAAUAUCACUAGGCAUUUAGUGAGCUGGCCAUUUCUCUUGUAUAUGCUUGUGGAGAUCAUCAUAUUCUGCCUACUACUAUAUUUUUACAAGGAGAAAAAUGCAAACUACAUUGUAGUUAUUCUUCUGCUGGUAGCUUUGCUGGGUUCCAUGACUGUUGUGACGGUGAAGGCUGUGGCAGGCAUGAUUGUUGUCUCGAUACAAGGAAACUUGCAACUUGACUACCCUAUAUUUUAUAUCAUGUUGGUGUGCAUGAUUGCGACAGCGAUCUUUCAAGCAACAUUUUUAGCUCAAGCCUCACAGCUGUAUGACUCAUCUCAGAUUGCCAGCAUCGGUUAUAUCCUGUCCACAACGGUAGCAAUCACAGCAGGAGCAACUUUUUACUUGGACUUCACCGGUGAAGAUGUUCUCCAUAUAUGUAUGUUUGCGCUUGGGUGCCUCAUAGCAUUUCUAGGUGUCUUCCUGAUCACAAGAAAUAGGAAGAAAUCUGUACCGUUUGAACCUUACAUAUCGAUGGAUGCUAUGCCAGGCAUGCAGAACAUGCACGAUAAAGGGAUUGCAGUUCAGCCUGACCUCAAAGCUUCUUUUUCCUACGGUGCCCUAGAGAACAAUGACAACAUGCCAGAAAUUUAUACUCCAGCUACACUGCCGAUCGUGCAGGAGCAACAUGGUUCCAAAGGAGUUUCUGCUCCACCCUAUCGGGUGCUGGAACACAGCAAAAAGGAGUGA